UUUUUCAUCUCCGAAAAAGUCAAAGAUUAAACCAACUAAAACCGAAAUUGUCCCAUUGCGCGUAAUUUCUUCGCAACAUUUUGACCGAACAACUUCAAAAUCCAACGAACGGACGGUCAAGAUUGCCCGAUCACAUCGUCUUCUUCUUCUCAGCAAGAGAGAGUCCUUAACGCCGGCUAGAUCAAAAAUCAACUACUCCAUCUCUCGUGCUGACCACGCUCCGAUUCUCCAUUUCUUUCCCUCUUGACUUUUUCACUUCAAUUUUUCAAUCUCAGAUCUCGACGAUGGCUACACAAAUCUCUCAGCUUUCUUGUUUCUCAUCCACCAAUCCUCAAUUUCACUUCCAGAGCCGAUCGUUUCCAUGCCCUAGGAUUCGUCCCCAGUCUUUUGUAGUUAGAAGCGUUGAUGGGAAUAGCUCUGAAACACCGGCUUCUCUAAGCUAUACAGCUGAGGUUUCAAAACCUAUUGUUGAGAAAACAUCUAAACCGUAUUCCUCUGUGGAUGAAACUGCUACCGAUAAAGAUAUUAUCACAGAGCCAGUAGAAGAACAUGUUGCCACACAACCAAUAAGAGCAGCAAAGAUCCACGAUUUCUGUUUUGGCAUUCCUUAUGGUGGUCUCGUUAUCAGUGGAGGGCUUCUUGGAUUUGCGUUUUCACGAAAUCUUACGAGCUUAAGUACUGGUGUCCUCUAUGGUGGUGGGCUUCUAGCCCUUAGUACAUUGAGCUUAAAGAUUUGGCGACAGGGAAAGUCUAGUUUCCCUUAUAUACUAGGACAAGCAGUGCUGUCAGCUGUCGUCUUCUGGAAGAACUUCACAGCUUAUUCGAUGACUAAGAAGCUGUUUCCGGCCGGUCUUUUUACUGUCAUCAGUGCUUGCAUGUUGUGUUUCUAUACAUAUGUGGUGCUCUCUGGAGGAAACCCACCUCCAAAGAAAUUGAAACCAUCUGCUACUAGUCCUUCAUACUGAAGAGACUUCACAUAGGUUAGAUUUUAAAACAUGGAGAUCUUCUCUUUUGAUUACUAUGUGUUGGAUUAUUACUGGUGUAAUUUUAUACUCUUUACGAAUUGAUAUACUUGUUUUGUUUGUGACCUGUUCUUUCCAGUGUCAUAAUCUAAAGUUUUGUUUUUCUUA